GCCACUGCGGUGCGGUUUGGAGGCGGGACCUGUAGGAACCUGGGGCCCAGCUGGAAGGGGAAAGGGCUGAGGAACCGGGCCUGGGACUGGAGGAGCCACGUCUAGCGGGAUACCGAGGCAGCGGGGACACCUGGCCGAGCUCUGCUACCAUCUCGCCCUGUCCUCUUUCCAUUCCUCGCGCCGCUAGCCCUAGACUCCAAGGCCCUCUUAUCCUUGUGAGCUCUGCCCUCGGAUGUCCGACCGCCUAGAGCCUGCAUGCGCCGUGGGGCGCCCCAGGACCAGGAGCUGGUGGGUCCGGGGGCCCCUGGGCGGGGGCCCCGGGGCUCCUCUCCUUCCUCAGGACCCGUUGUCCCGGUGCUCGUCUUUCCCCCGGAUCUAGUAUUCAGAGCGGACCAAAGGAGUGGACCCCGGCAGCUGCUGACCCUCUACAACCCCACGGGAACUGCGCUUCGCUUCCGAGUUCUGUGUACAGCACCUGCCAAAUAUACGGUAUUCGAUGCAGAAGGAUAUGUGAAGCCGCAGUCUUGCAUUGACAUUGUGAUCCGGCAUGUGGCCCCCAUCCCCAGCCACUAUGAUGUCCAGGACCGGUUCCGAAUUGAGCUGUCUGAGGAGGGGGCUGAGGGACGUGUGGUUGGCCGAAAAGACAUCACCUCUGUUCUUCGGGCCCCAGCUUACCCCCUGGAGCUUCAGGGACAUUCUGAGGCUACACCUAAUCCAGGACCUCCUGUGUGGACAGGACCAACCCCAUCCAGACACCUUCAGGAGAGUCCCCCCCAGCAGCUGGCCACCAGCUCCUUCCUGCUCUUCUUGCUGACAGGCAUCAUCUCCGUGGCCUUCCUGCUGUUGCCCCUGCAGGACGAGCUUGGCAGCCAGCUGCCUCAGGUUCUGCAUGUGUCCCUGGGACAGAAGCUGGUGGCAGCAUACAUCUUAGGCCUCCUCACCAUGGUGUUCCUCCGGACCUGAACUCCCCAGCUGGACCCAGCCCACCUACCCUCUCCUUUGCAGGCAGGGACCUGAGGCAGCCACUGUGAUGUUUGCACCUUGCCCCUUCACCCUCUUUUCUACCCAUCCAUCAGUUUUCAUCCUGCCCGUCACCAAACACCCAGGGAUUUAUACUCAUUUUCCAAGUUGAAUAAAAUA